CGGAGCCUGGCUUCGCGGCGCCUCAUUCACUAGAAGAUGGCGGACUGCGCUACACUAUUAGAUGAGGAACUCUCGUCCUUCGUCUUCAAUUACCUGACAGAGAACUCCGACAGCCAGUAUGGAGAAGAGGAGGUGUGCUCAGACCGCCUGGAUACCGACUUUCCCGACAUCGACCUCUCACAGCUGGACACCAGCGACUUUGACAGCGUCAACUGCUUGGGCGAACUUCAGUGGUGCAGCGACCAGGCGGCGGACGCGUCACCGGUCUCCAUUCGGUACAGCAACCCCGAUGAGCUCUUUGAGAUUGAAGAGGAGAACGCGGCACUGCUGGCCGCUCUGACGGACAGCCUGGACGGCAUGGUGGACUCCGAGGUGAGCGGCCUCUCUGUCUUCCCUGCCCUGGGAGAGGACGAGCCUGACCAGGAUGAGAAAGACCAAGACCACGUUCGGCAGCUUUCUGUCAGUGGAAACCACUUAAAACGCUCACAGGACACCGAGGACCCCUCACUGCUAAAGAUCCUGCUGCUGACUCCACCCAAUGUACCUGCCGGAAAAGAUGGCACUCACAGGCAUCACUAUAACAACAGGGGAUUGCACCCGCGGACAAUCCGACCGCCGGUUAAGAUGGACCCCUCCCAGAUGCGGAAGCCUCGUGCCGUGCGUCCGGUGGGGCGUCUUUGCACAGAGCUCCAUCGACACCUCACCACCGCCCGACGGGAUCACGAGGAGCCCCCGUCAGCCGAAACGGACGAGGACGAAGAGGAAGACGAUGAGGAGAGCGAGUCAGAGGACGAUGACGACGAAGAAGAGGACGAAGAGUCUUCCGGUAGCGAGGUGGAGGCAAAGCAAGGCAAGGCCCCCGCCGAGCCGGCCCAACCGCAGUUCACCUCGGAGAAAGAACUCCGCUCUGUUGUAGAGCUUAUCACCUACAUGCACACGUACUGCAUGCCCAUGCGAAAGCAACAGGGUCUGGACCGCAAGGACACACCCAGGCCUCGGGCCCGACACGAUACCGCCCGCUUGCCCGUCACAAACUCUCACAGCCGAGUGGUCUUGGUAUCUCCGCCGGCGAGCAGCGGGCCCACGGGCGCUCCUCGGAGGAUUCCCUUCGCAAGGCGCCGGCAGAUAAAGACUGAUUGUCUUCUUCGUGAGCUCCUGCAGCAAAGCGGCUCCUUCGACGUCAGCAAGCCUUACGGACCGCACUGUCCGCCGUACACCCAAAUAGGGGCAGGAUCCCCGCCUUGUAAUCGCACACCUGGCACCGGCACCCCUAAACCGGAAAUUUGUACAGACCCUUCCCUGUCAGAUAGGAGAAACUCCUCCUGCGAGACACCGCAAAUCCCCGAUGAGGACGGCGGCUCCUUCUCAGUCCGUCGCUCCAGGCGUCUGGCGUCCUUCCCUAGCCGUUUCGCCAAAAGACUGCGGCCCGGGCGGGGGAGGGAGGGUGAUAGGAAAGAGGAGCGGGAUGACAUUGAGACAGUGGUCAAGCUCUCACCAACUCAAGCCACAAGCGGGACAACGACGAAGGUGGUAUCGCAAGACGACACAACGGAGGCGACCAAAAUUUGCUGCCGCGACGAGAAACGAGUCUGCCUGUGUCUGCCCAUCGACGCCAGCAAGUCCACAGGAGAAUUCAGCAGCAAGACCUUCGAGCAGACGCUUGGAGUGGAUUUGUGUGGAACUGCAGGUCUGACACCGCCCACCACGCCGCCUCACAAGCCGGUAGAGGACGACCUCUUCAAGCCAUCUGAAGCCAGAAAGGGCGACCAUUCGUCCAGCCCCGUGUCCGUCCAAUCGUCAACCGCCGGCGUCGGUGGCCUUCGGGGCUCCUGGCUGAGCCGUGCGUAUCAGCGUAAGCUUCCGGAGCAGACAGAGCUAUACGCCCAGCUGCGGGGUAUAGCCGAAGACGGCGACGCCUGCCAAGGCUUCGGCGACCACGACUACUGCGCGCUGAGCCUCGUAGAAACCCGCAAGCGAAGCAUCGCCAUGCUAGGCAGCAUGCUGCAAGGGUCCCGAAAACCCAAGGUCGGAGAGGAAAACGGCGUCCAAUCAGAUGUAGGCGAGUCAGUGGAGUCGUCGCAACCUCCGCCGGCCGACUGCCAAUCAGCAGUCGCCUCGCCCCCUGCCUCAGAGGAAGAGGCGGAGCACUCAGCGGCAUCUCGCUCACCCUCGCCGACCCUCCACGUUUGUCCCGACUCCCCUGCCAGCAAGACAGACUCCAGUGAACACUCGGAGAUGUGCCCGACGGACGAACAAGGGAACAAAGCCAAAUCUGACGAGGAGAACUGUCAGGUGUUCUACAUCCACAACCUGCCCAGCAGCAUGACCCAGAACAUGUUGAGGAAGCGCUUCCAGGUCUUCGGCACGGCUGACGAGUGCAAAGUCAUCAUCUGUAAUGAGGAGCGCUGCGGUGUCAUAAAGAUUCGGCAGUCCGGCAUCCAGCGGCUCCGGCGGGAACGCGAGAAUGUUUUCCCGAGCACGACCACAAGCGGGAAGAGACUGACCAGGAAGCGCUAUAUCGACCUCGAUGAGGCGGGUCCCGGCCCAGUCAAAAGCAAGUACGACACGCUGGACUUUGACACUCUGCUGAAGGAGGCGCAAAAAUCACUACACCACCGCUGACCGUCCUGCCGCGCUGGCUCAGCGCCGUGACUGUCCCGCCUUAUUAAACGCCGCGCCCCGCAGCACCAGAAAGAAGCGGUACACACCUCUCCAUGCAAAAUGUUUACAUUUUUGAAAAUCGUCGGGAGUAAAACGACGAUAAGAACUUUUCUUUCAUUUUUUUUUUUUUUUUUUUCGGGAGGGUUGGGGGGCAAAAGCGGCUACUUUGUAUUCGCUACAGCGGCGCGACGUCCCGCCGAGAGACCUCCGUAGCAAAUCCUCAUCGUGUGUGCGCGUGUGUUUGUUUGUCUCUGUUUGAAAAAAAAAAAAAAAAAACCUGGGUGGCGGGAGGCAUUCAAUCGCCGUUUAAAAAAAACAAAAAACAAAAAAAAUUGUGUGUGGUUGUAAAACAAUAACAAAAAAAAAAACGGCAAAAAAGAUACACGCUUUGUUGGAUGUUCUACAUGGAUAAAACCUGUGGUUUGUGUGCAAAGAGUAUAACGUUCAAUGUAAAAAGGUUGACAAAGUUUACAGAAAUUUGAUUUCUUGUUUUGUAAUUGUAGUGCUUCCUUGAUUUGAUCUAUGCACCGUUGGGAGGUUUUUUCUGCUUUACCCCGCUGUCAGCGUUAACGCUAAAUUCCGAAACUUUCCACGGAGAUCCCCUACUUUUAGCUCGUGUUUCGUUAGCGACGCUGGGACGCCCGAACUGCAAUAUGGGAAUGUUCCAUCUCGAGAGCAGGGGGCUAAAUGCAGCUUGAAUAAGCUGUCAUCUGUUUCUUUUUGCAUAACAUAAUAUACAGUGCUGCUCAAAAGUUUGUGAACCCCCUCACCAUUUUGGAAUUUUCUAUUAUUUCAACCUGAUUUCCUAAUCAAUCAAUUCAGUAGUUUUUUUUUUGUUUUUUUAACAGUUGUGUUGUCGAGACUAAAUUAAAAAGAGUUUUCAUCAACCGAUGUAGGUGCAAAAUUGAACUGUUUGGUCACAACCAAAACCGCCAUGUCUGGCGAAAAGUCAACACUGCAUACCACCAAAAGAACCUUCUCCCAACAGUGAAGCAUGGAGGUGGGAAUGUCAAGAUCUGGGCUUGCUUUUCAUCCUCAGGACCUGGACAACUCCACAUAGUCCAGGGAAUCAUGAAUUCUGAGGAAUAUUGUCAAAUCCUAGAACAUAACCUGACGCCAUCUGUUUUGAAGUUAAAGCUUGGCAGAAGGUGGAUCAUGCAACAUGAUAAUGAUCCAAAGCAUUCCAGCAAUACAACCAAGGAAUGGCUGAAAAAGAAGAAGAUUCGUGUUCUGGACUGGCCCAGUCAAAGUCCUGACCUAAAUCCCAUUGAAAUGCUGUGGCGGGACCUGAAGCGAGCAGUUCAUGCCAGACGCCCAUCAAACCUCUCUCAACUGACUGCGUUCUGCAAGGAAGAAUGGGCAAAAAUCCCCCAAAGUAGAUGUGAGAGGCUGAUUAGUCACUACAGAAACCGUUUGGUUGAGGUAAUCUCUGCAAAAGGAGGCGCAAUAUCCUAUUAAUUGAAGGGGUUCACAUACUUUUGCACACAUGAUAUCUGAGUUUUUCUUAAAUCAACCACUUUUGUUAAAUAAAGAAUGACAAUAUAACUAUUUCUUUUGUUUCAGUCCAUUAUUUGGAAUGUCAGUAUUGUGGAUUUGGGUAUAACUUAACAUUUAAUAAGGUUAUUUUAGUUUUUUUUACAAAAAAUCUGACCAUCGCUGUGGGGUUCACAAACUUUCGAGCAGCACUGUAUACUGUAAUUUUCGGACUAUAAAUCGCACCUGACUAUAAGCCACACUUACCAAAUUUGACAAGAAAACAGUUUUAUUUACAUAAAAGACACACCGGAAUAUAACCGCAGGGAUAUUUUUGUUGUUUGUUUCAUUGCUUUGCAACUUUUAUAGACAACAUUUUCACGGGUAGGUUUUUAUUUGAAAAGGGAAGUUCAGAAUUUUUGACAUUAGGCCAGGGGUAAAUUUGUGCCGGAUCCUGCCGGAACAAGAUCCGGCACCUCUUGAUUUUGGCCUCCCUGUGUUCCGGGACUUAUUUGGGCAGAUCCGGCACCUCUUGUGUAUAGAAAAUAAUAAUAAUAUAAACAUGUUUUUUAAAAAUGUGUAAAAUAAAAUGAUAAUAAUAUGCAUAAAUUGAUUAACAGAACGAAUCCCAAGAAUUGCAUGUUGUUUAUAAAAAUUGACCGUCAUUUGAAAGUCAGAGAUUUGUUGAUUCAGCGAAAAGCUGGACCAACAAAUCACGCCCCUGAAAUUUAAAAAAAAAAAAAUGGAAAUUUGCGGCAUCUGGGGAACAAGCAGCCAGGAUCAAACGGUAUUUCAACAUGCCAAAAAGACAGUUGCGUUUACUGUCUUUUUUCAAAAUGAAGGAAGAUGGUUCGAAACGUGUCAGAAAAGCAACAACCGGCAAUGAGGGCAGCUGCAGCGAUCAUGCUAACGGGUAGGACCGGGUGCAGCAGGAGGCUAGCGCCGCAGCAGCUAGCCAGGUUCACAGACAGCCAGCCAAGCCGGGUGUACUGUAAGUCCCACCUAUGGUUAUGUGGGCAAUUGCCCGUGCUGUGCAGAGUAUAGCCUCAAUAAUUGUAAAUUGUUGCCAUAACAUUUAUACCAUGGAUUUUAUCUGAAAUUGAGGCUUGUUAGUCCCACAGCAUGGCAAGUGGCCAUUUGCGUGUUGUUUUCAGCACCAUUUUCUGAGUAUGUUCCAGGAAAUGUGCCCGUCUCAUCAUCCCUGCGCUGUCUUAUGUACUUUGCGUUCCGGCACCUUAUGAUUUACAAAUUAAGCGCUGCAUAACGCUUAAUCUUCGAGUUAGCAUUUAUUUAAUUUGUCGGUGGAGUUUAUUUCAACAAAUUCCAUGCAGUUUGUCAGUUAUUUGUUAGUUUCAGGGCACCGGAAUGGCUACGUUAACACGAGUCAGUGGUGCCUGCUUAUUAUGCCAAUAAAAAAACGAUAUUAACAUUGUCUUAGAUUGUCAAAUAAAAUCAAAAUGCAUUGUUCGGAAUACCAAUGCGGCCAAAACAGUGUCAUACCAACCUGCUGUGCUGACCACAAUAGAGAGAAGUGCUACGGCCACAAGUCUGCUGGGUCGUCCCUUUCGUUCUCACAAAACAAGAAAAUCAGCGUUAAAAAAACCAAUGUCAUUUCACUCCUUCUUGCUUGCCUAGACAGCCUGUUCCCUGCAGAGGUGCUGGAUUACAAAUAUUGCUGCUCAUACUACAAUUAUUGACAUGCAAUGCUAAGUUUUAAUAAUUUUAUCCUGAAAACAUAGCCAACCCUAUUGAUUGCAUGGGUCAUCGGUGAUUCGUAUGUGUUGUUUUUUAUUGGUAUAUUACGCAGGGACCAUUGACUCGUGCUAGCUUAGCCACUCCGGACCCCUGAAGCUAAAAAAUACCUAACAAACUGCACAGAAUUUGUUGAAAUCAACUCCACCGACCAAUGAAACUCCAGCUACCUCAAAGACUUAUGUAAAAAUUCUAAACUUCCCCUUUAAAUUCAUUUAUAGGAACGUCAAUUACAAGCAAGGACAUUUUUCGGCCACAGGGGGGCACUGCCUAAUGACAGAAAACUUCUGGUGAUCUGUGGUCGCGCAAAAACAAAUAACUGAGUAUCUAUACUUUUGCAAUUCAAUAGCAUAUAACAUAUAGCAUAUUGCAAUAGCUUAUCAAGAAGCGAUACGUUUGACAACUCGACUAAAGAAAUACGACCCAUCGGCCUGUAAAAAUCCGUAUAUAAGCUGCACUGGUGUUUAAGUCGCAGGGUUCAAAGCGAAGGAAAAAUGUAGUGGCUUAUAGUCCGAAAAUUAUGGUAGUAUCGUACUAAACAAUCAAUAAAGGUGGAGCAUUCCCACAUUCAAGGCUACGUCCCGGACCACGUCUUGUUUACAUUUGAACUGCAGUCUGUGACGUCCGAAAACACGUCAAUUAAUUGCUAGCGGCGGCGGUUCCAUUAUGAGAAAGAUCCCAACUCCCCUCCUUAACGUCUCGACUGACUGACUUGGUUCGAUCCGAUGGAAUGUAUUUGUCAUGCUGAAUGUAAACAUCUAUUUUAUCGGCAGUUGGUUGCGCCCGACGCGGCCAGUCGGAGGCGCCGAGGGGGGGCAAAAAAGGGAAGGGCACGUCAGAAGUUUGCCAGUAAAUGGCGCGGGAGGUGUCAGCUGAGCAUCUCUACCUCACGUCCGUGUGCCGUUGCUCUCGCCGCCGCCAUCCUGCUAUAUCGUCAGGGUUCGUCCUCUCAAGCCUCUUCUACAUGACACAGUCUUUGUACAAAGUACAAAAAAAAAAAAAAUCAACAUUGAAUCGACAGUAAAAUGCUGGCAGCUGUCGUUGCGAGAAUUUCACCGUUCAAAAACGCUGGGAAAACCGUAAAAUGCACAUUAAAUUCUACAGCAGAAAUCAUGGUAGAAAACUGUGAUCCUUAUGUAGCCGGCCCUAGGUGAGAUUCAAAUUCACGCCAUGGUUUUGCCAGCACGCUGACAACUGAUUUACUCAAAACCAGUGGAUGCUAGCGCUGUCCAUGUUGAAACUUUACUCCCUGAAAACGUAAAACACUGUGCUGGUAGCUGAAGCUAGACUAGGCUAUUAGCUCAGUACUCAGCACGCUUGACUGCCGUAGUGAUGGCGCAGGUUCAAACCUCGGUUAGGGAGCUGUAAGUACGAGAAGGGACUGCAAAGAUGUCACUACCAACAUCAAUGUUACUAGACCAGAAACGCACAUACAUUUUACUGUUAGCUAUUAGCUCAGUGGUCGGAACGCUCGACUGCCAUGGUGAUGGCAUGGGUUCAAGUAUGAGAAGAGACUGUAGUGAAUUCAUCAUUAUCAGGGCAUUAACACGUGCUACAUUUAAUAAUUAGCUAUUAGCUCAUUAGCACGCUCCACUAUCAUUGUGAUGGCAUAGGUUCAAACAUUGGUUGGAAAGCGAGUGAGUAUGAGAAGACACUGCAUUGCAUUCACCACCAUAAUCAUAAUAAUAAUGCACACAUUCAUUUUUACUAUUAGCUAUUAGUACAGUAGUCAGCAUGUCUGACUGCCAUAGUGAUGGCAUGGGUUCAAAUCUUGGAGGGAAAGCGGUAAGUAUGAGAAGAGACUGCAGUAAAUUAACCUCCACUAUCAGCGCGGCAACACACACAUACAUUUUACUAUAAGCUAUUAGCUCAUUAGUCAACACGCCUGACUGCCGUUAUGAUAGCAUGGGUUCAGAUCUAGGUUGAGGAGUGAUAAGUAAGAGAAUUGACUGCAGUAAAUUCACCACUAUCAGAACAGUAACACAUGCUACAUUUUACGAUUAGCUAUUAGCUCAUGAGUCAGCAUGCCCGACUGCCACAGUGAUGGCAUGUGUUCAAAUCUGGAUUUGAGAGCGAUAAGUAUGAGAAGAGACAGUAGUAAAUUCACCACUAUCAGAGCAGUAACACAUGCUGCAUUUUACAAAUAGCUUUAGCUCAUUAGUCAGCAUGCCUGACUGUCAUAGUGAUGGCAUGGGUUCAAAUCUUGGUUGGAGAGUGAUAAGUAUGACAAGAGACUGUAGUGAAUUCACCACUAUCAGACCAGUAACACAUGCUGCAUUUUACAAUUAGCUAUUAGCUCAUUAGUCAGCAUGCCUGACUGCCGUAGUGAUGGAAUGGGUUCAAAUCUUGGUCGGAGAGCGAUAAGUACAAGAAGAGACUGGAGUGAAUUCACAACUAUCAGAUCAGUAACACAUGCUACAUUUUACGAUUAGCUAGUAGCUCUUUAGUCGGCAAGCAUGACUGCCGUAGUGAUGGGAUGGGUUCACAUCUUGGUUGGAGAACGAUAUAUAUGAGAAGAGACUGAAGUGAAUCCACCACUACCAGAUUAGUAACACAUGCUGCAUUUUACAAUUAGCUAGUGGCUCAUUAAUUAGCGUGCCUGACUGCCGUAGUGAUGGCAUGGGUUCAAAUCUUGGUUGGAGAGCCAUAAGUAUGACAAGAGACAGGUAAUGAAUUCACCACUAUCAGAUCAAUAACACAUGCUACAUUUAACUAUUAGCUCAUUAGUCAGCAUGCCUGACUGCCGUAGUGAUGGCAUGUGAUCAAAUCUUGGUUGGAAAGCGAUAAGUAAGAUAAGAGACUGUAGUGAAUUCACCACUAUCAGAGCAGUAACACAUGCUACAUUUUACGAUUAGUUAUUAGCUCAUUCGUCAGCAUGCCCUACUGCCGUAGUGAUGGCAUUGGUUCAAAUUUUGGUUGGAGAGCGAUCAGUACGAGAAGAGACUAAUGAAUUCACCACUAUCAGAUCAGUAACACGUGCUAGAUUUUACGAUGAGCUAUUAGCUCAUUGGUCAGCAUGCCUGACUGCCGUAGUAAUGGCAUGGGUUCACAUCUCUGUUGGAGAGCGAUAUAUAUGAGAAGACACUGGAGUGAAUCCACCACUAUCAGAUCAGUAACACACGCUGCAUUUUACGAUUAGCUAUUAGCUCAUUAGACUGUACGCUCGACUACCAUAGUGAUGGCUUGGUUUCAAAUCUCGGUUGGAGAGCGGUAAGUACGAGAAGAGACUGCAGUGAACUCACCACCACAAUCAUAUUAGUAACACACACAUACAUUUUUACCAUUAGCUAUUAGCUCGGUAGUCAGCACGCUUGAAAGCCAUAGUGAUGGCAUGGGUUCAAAUUUCGGUUGGAAAGCUUUAAGUUCGAGAAAAGACUGCAGGGAAUUCACUACUACCAUCAGACCAGUACAUACGCAUACUUUUUUAUAAUUGUUUGCUGUCAAACAACAGUUAAAGUGUUCUUAUCACAAUAGUUUAUUGUUACCAUCUUACGGUUUUCCCAUUUUUUUAAACGGUAGAAUUCAGGCAAAUCUACAGCUAGUCUUAAAAAUAAUAAAUUCCACCACCAUUUUUCAUUCGAGCCUAUUUCACAUUUUAAACAGAAACACUUGGCGUGAGCGCUCAGUUAAUAUGUCUGCCACUGCUUCGUGUCUAUACCCCAAAUGUACGACGUGUGGAGGCGGCUUUAGUUUGGAGCAUUUCCUUUCCUCGCCAAAAUAAAUGAGUAGGGUCUGUCUGUGGCCUACAAAACGAGGAUCUAAGGUAGUCUAAAGCAGAGCUCUGGUCUAAAGCUAACCUUAUUCCUAACCCUAACCUUAACCAUGCCCAUCUUGGAAGUUACACCCCGCCCUAACUUCAACCACGCCCCCUUCUCGCAAGUUCUGCCCCCGCCCUCCGUCUUGCAGGCCUCAGACAGAUACACUUGAAAUAAAACGCAGCUACGCGCAGGUUCGAGGCCUUGUUUUUUCCGAUCCUCCCCCAACUCAUCAACACGCACACAUACACACAAGAACGUUGAAUGUUUACAUCAUGGUUUACAUAAAGAGAAGAACUAAUAUAAGAUGACAUAUAUAUAAAUAUAGUAUGUUCUUAUAUAUAAUGUGUACAUAGCACUAAACACGGUGUUUUACUUUGGCGGCGGCAGCAGGAUUUGGAGGUUACGCUGACGUACAAUAACUUGACACAACAAGUCCGACACUGUUCAAAAAAAAAAAAAAAAAUCCCUUUAGACGAUCACAUUGGUUUAACUUUGUUGGGUUUUUCCCGUGUUGUUGGAUGCAAUACGCAAGAAUGUGAUCGACACGUGUACAGAAAUCUAUUUUAAUCUUGCACACUUGAUGUCCUAACUGGGAUGGUGGGGGGAGGCAAAAGGAAGAUGAUGAUAAUGAUGACCGUGAUGAUGAUGGUGACGAUUGAGAACAUCAGACCGUUCGGAUCAAUUCUCUGCUAAAAGUUGCGGAUUCGCAGCAACGUUUGUCUUACGUCCCCAUUUUCACUCGCGUACUGAAAGGGACCCUUUGGCCAAGAUGGUCCAUUUUAGACAAAGCUCAGCUUUAUGUAUAUUUUGCUCAGGAAUAUGAAAUUGGCAUUCCAUUUCAAUAUCAAUCCAUCUUUGGAGCCAUCUGUAGAUGUCCCCAAAACGCCUACUUUCAACACACCUACAAUGGUCUUGCGGUCUAAUUAGUGUGAAGUCAGAGGAGUCACUGGAGUUAAUUUUUACGUUGGAAAAACUGCAAGCGAUCGUCACUAAAAUUUGUAGUAUGCUAACUGCGACUUUGGAAAAAAUCGAUAAAAUGAUAAGCCUCUCCUUACAAGGAAAUGAGCGAGAGAGGUGAAAGAUUGCAUUUUAUACAAUACAUUUUGCAAAAUUCUCAUAAACACAUGAGUAUGUUUGCUAACGCAUUUCCUGCCAUUGACAACGGUAGUCGUCCAGUUCAUUUAAACUGGGAGGAUUGGCGUUGAAUGCUCACAUUUGAUUGCAGCCAAAGAAUUAACAUAGACACUAUUCAAGUGGAAAAUAUUGGUUUAGCGGGAAAUUUGGCUAGCACUGCUAAAGCACUAAGAUUGCGUCCGUUGGUUGCCCUACUCAAGAUGGCCUCCAGCUACACACACCACUGUAGAAAGGUAACACUUGUCGCCCUUCCCAAGAUGAUGAUAAGUGUCCAGUCUUGUGGCGUCCAAUUACUGUAUUGGACGUCUAGCUCCAUCAUUGGCAGACCGAGCCACAAUAGCAAUUACUUUCCAGUAUACAAGUAAAUAUGCAGUGAUUUAGUAUUAAAAGAAAAAUAGUUAACACGUUAUAAUUGCUAGUUAGUAGCUCCUUAGUAAACUGUUAAUAAAUGAUUUAAUGUUGACGUGUUUCUUAACUAUUUGUUGAGCAUGAAAUAAAUGACUUGUUAAAGGUAUAUCAAUCAUUCAUACCUAUCUACACCUUAUAAAUGAGUAAUAUACCAUUAAUAAGUCAUUAAUAACCUCCCAAGAACAAACAUAAGCUUAUAACUAAUACUUAAUAGAUAAACUCACACUUUACAGAUCAUUUAAUAGUUUGCUUACCAGCUAUAAACUUUGAAGAACAGAAAAUAGGUUGAACAAGUUUAAGAUACAGAAAUUUGAUGUGAUAUUUAACGUAACCCUAUCUAAAGGCAUCAUUAUUCAUGCUUAACAAACUGUCAACAAACACUUAAUAAAUCGUUUAUUAACAGUUCAGUAAUGACGUAUUAACCAGUUAUAACAGAUAGUUAUUAUAAAGCGUAUCCCCCCCCAAAAAUGUGUAUUUUUUCCCUCAAAAAUGGGGUAUCGGGAUUAGAGGACCGAUAUGAGAUUUUCAAAUGCCGAUAAAAAAAAUAAAAAAAAGUAACCUGAUUGCCGGUAUCAAAGCCGAUUUUGUAAGCCGAUAUUUAAGGCCGAUAUACUUUUUUUUAGGCGCAUAGAUUUUGAAAGGAAAUUUUUUUUUAAAUUGCCUUAACAGCUUCAAAUUCAUAAUGAACCAUUGAAUACAGCACUUCAUUUUAUGAAUAUACACACUCAACAAGAACAGUACUAGAAGGUUACAGUAUUAUUUUCAAAUAAUUAAACCCACCAGGACGCCACAUGUAAACAAGUGAGAGCAGAAGAGAUUGGUAAAGAUGGAGGAUGCUAAAGCUAACGCUACGAGUUACAUUUAGAGUGUAAGGAUCACUCAGUAAACUUCUUUAAAAGGGUAAAGCAACAUUACAAAUUCUCUCAUGCAAGAUAAAAAAAAUUGCGAUAUUUACAAAAUGGGCAAGCCUGAAGCUUCCUGUACCAGCCUGCUUUCAAGCUGCUCCUUCCGGGUCCUUCCGGGUCCUUCCGGGGUCCUACCGUCAGUCAGCGGCGGCCACUGUUGCUUACACAGAUGCCUGAUCAAAAUUCUUUUUUAUGGGCUUAUUCUAUUUUUGGUAAUCGGCCGAUGAUCGAUGUUGGAAGAAAAUCAGUUUAUCGGCCUGAUAUAUCGUCCGGCCAGUAUAUCGGUCGACCUCUAAUCAGUAUGCCGAUACCAUACAACCAGAUUUGGGAAUCGGUAUUAUUAGCCAAAAAGUGACAUCGGUGCAACUCUAUUAAACAGUGACCUUUUUAAAACAAUAUACUGAUUCUUAGCAGGAGCAUAUCGACGCGAUAUACAGGUAGUCCCCAAGUUACGAUCGAGUUCCAUUCCUACGCUGGUGACGUAACCAGAAUUUCUGCGUAAAUCAGAAUUAAACCUUUGAGUACCCCUAAAUCUCAAAAUAACUACAUUAGAAUUUUUAAUUUUUAAAGGGUUCAUUCCGAUUUACGCAAAAAUUCGGGUUACGUUUAACAAUAAAACACUCGACACAAAAUGAUUGGUGUUCAAACGUCCAUCUAGUCUGCUCAAUAUAUAAAUUAGUAGAUUAAAUUAGCCUAAUUUACCUCACAAGUGAUCUUAAAUGCUACAAAUGCUAGCGUUUACAAUUCUCAUAGCAAAUCGCUCACACAUAACUCCACGAACUAUCGCUCUAAACUUAAAUACAAAUGCAUACAUAAAUAUAGAUUAGCUGAAACAACUUACAGCCUUAUGUGGGCCAAACCAGAGCGCAGCUAUCCUUAAUCCAUGUGAGACGUCUGAGUGCUCCUGCAUGGAAGCAUUAUUGAACGACAGUCCAGCCAGACCCAACGCUGCUACCAGAGGGCAGUGUAGCCUCCACCACUAAACAAAAUACAAUACUUUUAAACUUUCUGGAUAGUUGUUUUGAAUUUUCAAAGGGUUAAUUCUGAUUUACGUGGAAAUUCGGAUUAAGUUGAACAAUAAAACACUCGGCACAAAAUGAUUGUUGUUCGAAUGUCCAUCUAUACUGAUCAAUAUGUAAAUUUAGUAGAUUAAAUUAGCCUAAUUUGCCUCACAAAAGUCCACUACCUUUAAGGCUACCAAUGCUAACGUAUCAUCAAUUCUCAUAGCAAAUUGCUCACAUGUAAUUCCACAAAAUGUAGCUCUGAACUUAAUUACAAAUGCAUACACAAUCAUAUAUUAGCUGAAACAACUUACAGCCUUACGUGGGCCAAACCACAGCACUGUUAUCCCUUAUCCAUGUGAGACGUCUGAGCGCUCCUGCAUGGAAACAUUAUUGUACGACACUCCACACAGACCCAAAGCUGCCAUCAGAGGGCAGUGUAUCUUCCAACAUUAAAGAAAAUACAUUACUUUUGGACUUUCUGGAUAGUUGUUUUGAAAUUUUAAAGGGUUAAUUCCGAUUUACGCAAAAAUUCGGGUUACGUUUAACAAUAAAACACUUGACACAAAAUGAUUGGUGUUCCAACGUCCAUUUAGUCUGGUCAAUAUUUAAAUUUAGCUGAUUAAAUUAGCCUAAUUUACCUUACAAAAGUCCACAUUCAUAAAUGCUACCAAUGCUAACAUAUUUACAAUUCUCAUAGCAAAUCGCUCACACAUAACUCCACAAAGUGUCGCUCUAAACUUAAAUUACAAAUGCAUACACAAAUAUAUAUUAGCUGAAACAACUUACAGCCUUAUGUGGGCCAAACCAGAGCGCAGCUAGCCUUAAUCCAUGUGAGACGUCUGAAUGCUCCUGCAUGGAAGCAUGAUUGAACGACAGUCCACACAUACCCAACGCUGCCACCAGAGGGCAGUGUAUCUUCCAACAUUAAACAAAAUACAGUACUUUUGGACUUUCUGGAUAGUUCUUUUGAAUUUUUAAAGGUUUAAUUUCGACUUACGCCGAAAUUCAGCUGUCGCCAGCGUAGGAACGGAACUCGUUCGUAACCCGCGGACUCUAAUGAACACACAUCCAAAUUUCCAGGUCAACUUACAUUACAUCCUCUAUAAACAUCGUAUGCUUUUUUCCGAUCCUUCCUCAUUUAAUAAAAAGACAAUUUGUACGCGUUCGCCAAUUUUCCAGUGCUCGUUCCCUGACAUAUCGUCACCAUCAUCAUCACGGGUGUCGUCCCGAUCGGCGUGAUCUCGGCAAAGCCUUAAUAUCAGCAGGAGGCUCACUCUUCCGCAGCACGCCCCUCCGAUCCAAUCCCGACCGCCACUGAGGACGUUUGAUUCAGAACAACUUUUUCAAUAGCCAUAUUCUAAAAAAAAAAAAAAAAAAAAAAAGGUAUAUACAUAUAUAUGAAUAUAUCUCAAUAUAUAUUUGUGUGUUUGUGUAGAUAUAUCUAGAGGAUGAUCUACUUUCUUAUAGAAAACUUUGAUGUUGAAUUUGUUUUUUUUCUCCUCAAAUGUUUUGAGAAGACACAUUUUCAAGUGUAAUAAUAAGCACUGUCCACGUGGGCUUGAUCCAAUCAAUCCAAAUAGGAAGAAUAAUAGUAAUAAUAAUAAUCAAACCUUCCAAAGGGAAAAGAGCCUCACCACAAUGCAAUAUAUCUUGCUCUUGGGGGAAAGUAGGUAGGGAGAAACGGCAAGAAAAACUGUAAAACUUGACCAAAAAACAACAAAAAAACAAACAAACAACAACAAAAAACACACCAGGUUGGCGGCUUCCUUGUUUUCUGUUCAUGUGCUAUUUUUUUUCUACUUUUUUUUUUCUCUUUUAAGAAAGAAAAAAAUCAUUUCAUCAAAUGAGAUCAACAUUUAAGGAUGUCAAAUGAGCACUUGGUAGGAAAAUGAAUUUAAAUGAAAUAAUAAAUAUAUGUGUGUGGAACAAAAUAAGAUAAAGGGCAUACGUUUUAUUUUGACUUCUAAUGACUAUCAAACUCACCUGAUUUUUUUUUUUUAAGCUAAAAUAUGCUAAAUACUUCUAGUGAGAUUUUAUAUUUUUACAUAUGUUUGUUUUUUAUUUAUGCUCCACUUAGCUUGGAUGUUUUGAGGUGUUUUCCCUUUUCUCUUUUUGUUUCUUUAUGUGUGGUUUCACAGCGGGUGAAGAAUGUGGAGAGGAGAAGGGAUCGGGGAAAUAAAUGAAAAAAUAAAUAAAUAAAGGCAUUUCAGUAUUUUUCAAUUGUUCAAAUCUAGUUUCAUAGAUGUUAUUGUUAUAAAUUAUAUUUGAAUUGGUGUACAUUGUUUGAAAGAGGAAACGCUGGCUUCCUUUUCAACUGAAUCCAUUUUUCUCUUCAGAGAUUGUUUACAUUAUGAAACUGUAGAGACGUUGCUCCUCAUAUACUGUAUAAAGGAAAUAUAUACGUUGAUUUUUUCCCCCCAGAAAUAAAACCCUAAUGGACAACAAUGACUUGCAUCACUGAUCUUUUCUUUCGAGUUGCUACGGUGAACUGUGACGUGUGCUCACGUUACCACAGUGAAUCAGAGGUGAGUAGUAACCAGUGGUUACAGUGGAAUUUAACAGGUGGGAGAGCCCUAUAAUGCAGGAGGGAAAAUGUCAUACAUGAAAAAAUUGUAUUGGCUUAAUUUUCAAAAGAGAAGGAAAAACACACAUA